GGGGCGGGGACCAAGAGCCGAGUUUGUGUGCGUCAGACACUCCAGCUGGGCGUCUGGGAUCCCCUGGGAGCGCCGCGGGGCCUCGCAGGGGUGCCAGAAGCCCGCGCUCCGGUUUGACCAGCGCCUGCCCGCGAGGGAACAGAGCGCAACAUGCUCGCAGCCGCCGAGAGCCUCCUACGUCUCCGCCCGGGGCGCAUCCUCUGCGCCCCGAGGGCUCCUCGAGAGGCCGCGCAGCUGCCCAUCGCGCCUUUCCGGACCCUCCGUUACUCCAGCGGUGGGGCUCCCAGCGGCUCUGGGCCCCAGGGUUCGGCAGGGAAGGUGCACAGGGUCCCCGCCGAGCACAAGCCCUCCCAAUUCGACAAGAAAAUCCUGCUGUGGACUGGCCGUUUCAAAGCGAUGGAGGACAUCCCGCCUCGGAUCCCGCCAGAAAUGAUAGAUGCUGCAAGAAACAAGGCCCGAGUGAAAGCUUGUUACAUAAUGAUUGGACUCACAAUUAUUGCCUGCUUUGCAGUGAUAGCAUCAGCCAAAAGGGCUGUAGAACGACAUGAAUCCUUAACAAGUUGGAACCUGGCAAAGAAGGCUAAGUGGCGUGAAGAGGCUGCUUUGGCUGCACAGGCUAAGGCUAAAUGAUACUCUAAGUGACAAAGUGUUAAUCAGACUAUCAUCACUAUUAUCAGCAACAAUAAAAGAUAGGUAAAAUGAACAUUUAACAAAACAUUUGCCGUGGGUUUUUUUGUGUUUUCUUGUUUUGUUUUUGUGGCGUUUUUUGUUUU